CUUUCUCUCUCCUCAAGGACCUUUGUAGCCAUGUCGGCCUACGACCACUCCAAAGUCGCCCAUUUCAUAGGCGGAAAUUCCUUGGAGAAUGCACCUCGAGGCCAGGUGUACGACUUUGUCAAAGGCCACGGUGGCCAUACUGUUAUCACAAAGGUCCUAAUUGCCAAUAACGGUAUCGCUGCCGUGAAAGAGAUUCGUUCCAUCCGCCAAUGGAGCUACGAAAUGUUCGGCACCGAGCGUGCCAUCGAGUUCACGGUCAUGGCCACGCCAGAGGACCUGAAGGUGAAUGCUGAAUAUAUCCGUAUGGCGGAUCGUUAUGUCGAAGUGCCCGGUGGUACCAACAACAACAACUACGCUAACGUCGACUUGAUUGUCGACGUCGCCGAGCGUUCGGGUGUCCACGCCGUAUGGGCCGGCUGGGGUCAUGCAUCUGAGAACCCAAGACUUCCUGAGAGCCUUGCCGCAAGCAAGCACAAGAUUGUCUUCAUCGGUCCCCCUGGAAGCGCCAUGAGGAGUUUGGGUGACAAGAUCUCCAGUACCAUUGUUGCGCAGAGUGCAGAAGUCCCGACUAUGGCUUGGUCCGGGACAGGCAUCUCCGAGACUGCGUUGAACGAGCAGGGACACGUGAUCGUCCCAGAUGAUGUCUACAAGGCUGCUUGUGUUACGACAGUCGAGGAAGGAUUGGCCAAGGCCGAAGAGAUCGGGUGGCCGGUUAUGAUCAAGGCGAGCGAAGGUGGUGGCGGUAAGGGUAUCAGGAAGGUCGAGAAGGCCGACCAGUUCAAGAACGCGUUCCACGCUGUAAUGGGAGAGAUUCCAGGCUCUCCCAUCUUCAUCAUGAAGCUCGCGGGCUCCGCGCGGCAUCUGGAAGUCCAGCUUCUUGCGGACCAGUACGGUAACGCCAUCUCGCUUUUUGGACGUGAUUGCUCCGUCCAGCGCCGGCACCAGAAGAUCAUUGAAGAAGCUCCUGUUACUAUUGCGAAGCCCGAGACAUUCGAGCAGAUGGAACGCGCAGCUGUUCGUCUUGCGAAACUUGUUGGUUACGUCAGUGCAGGCACUGUUGAAUAUUUGUAUAGUCCCAGCGACGAUGAUUUCUUCUUCUUAGAACUCAACCCUCGUCUCCAAGUCGAGCACCCGACGACCGAGAUGGUCUCAGGAGUCAAUCUUCCCGCUGCCCAGCUGUGCGUGGCAAUGGGUAUCCCGCUGCACCGUAUCCGUCAUAUUCGCCAGCUUUACGGUGUCGAGCCGCACGCCACCUCUGAGAUCGACUUCGACAUGGUGAACCCCGAUGCCAUGCAAGUGCAGCGCCGCCCACGUCCCAAGGGACACGUCGUCGCCGUCCGUAUCACGGCCGAGAACCCUGACGCCGGGUUCAAGCCUUCUUCGGGAUCCCUCCAGGAACUCAACUUCCGCUCCAGCACGAACGUGUGGGGUUACUUCUCGGUCAACUCGGCUGGUGGUCUGCACGAGUUCGCGGACUCGCAGUUCGGCCACAUUUUCGCGUACGGUCAGGAUCGGUCGGAGAGUCGGAAGAACAUGGUCGUCGCGCUCAAGGAGUUGAGCAUUCGCGGAGAUUUCAGGACGACAGUGGAGUACCUGAUCAAGCUGCUCGAGACGCAAGCGUUCGAGGAGAACACGUUCACGACGGGCUGGCUGGAUUCGCUCAUCUCUAGCAGGUUGACUGCCGAGCGUCCUGACGCGACGCUUGCUGUCAUCUGCGGUGCUGUAACUAAGGCACACAUCGCCUCCGAGGCUUGCUGGUCCGAGUAUAAGCGCAUCCUUGACAAGGGUCAGGUACCUGCCCGCGAUACCUUGAAGACUGUGUUCGUCAUCGACUUCAUCUACGACAACGUUCGGUACUCUUUCACGGCGACACGAUCUUCGCUCACCACGUGGACCUUGUUCUUGAACGGUGGUCGCACACUUAUUGGAGCUCGUCCCCUAGCUGAUGGAGGUCUGCUCGUCUUGUUGGACGGCAAGAGUCACUCUGUUUACUGGCGUGAGGAAGUCGGUGCUCUCAGAGUCAUGAUCGACUCGAAGACGUGUCUCAUCGAGCAGGAGAACGACCCGACGCAGCUCCGCAGCCCUAGUCCCGGCAAGCUUGUCAGGUUCCUUGUCGACAGCGGUGAUCAUAUCAACGCUGGGGAGCCCUAUGCUGAGAUUGAGGUCAUGAAGAUGUACAUGCCCUUGGUCGCUGCCGAGGACGGUGUGGUACAGCUUGUCAAGCAGCCUGGUGUCAGCCUAGAACCUGGCGACAUCCUCGGUAUCCUCACCUUGGAUGACCCGAGCCGUGUCAAGCACGCAAAGCCUUUCGAGGGUCUUUUGCCUGACAUGGGUAUGCCCAGCGUCAUCGGUAGCAAGCCGCACCAGCGCGUGGCGAAGUGCCUGGGCGUCUUGAACGAUAUCCUGGACGGCUUCGACAACCAGGCUAUGAUGGCGCCUACCCUGAAGGAGUUGACUGAAGUGUUGCACGACCCCUCUUUGCCCUACCACGAGAUGUUCUCAAUCUUGUCGGUCCUUUCUGGCCGUAUCCCCUCGAAGUUGGAGGACACUAUUCGGCAUGCACUCGAGGCUGCCAAGGCUAAGGGCGAGGCCACGGAAUUCCCAGCGGCUCGUCUGAGGAAGCUGAUCGAUCAUUACAUGCAAGAGAACAUCCGACCCCAGGACCGGGCUACGUUCAGAAGUCAGAUUGGUCCCAUCUCGGACGUCGUUGACAGAUACGUUGGUGGCUUGAAGAUGCACGAGACGAAUGUCAUCGCCAGCCUGCUUGGUCGCUAUGUAGAGACCGAGAAGCUCUUUGGUGGCAGUUUCGAGGCCCGUGUGCUCAUGCUCCGUGAGCAGCACAAGGACGACCUUGACAAGGUCGUGCGCUUGGUUCUCAGCCACAUCAAGGUGCAGAGCAAGGCGAAGUUGGUGCUCGCCAUCCUUGACUACGUCAAGUCCAGUGGAUUGCCGGUGUCCGACCCCGAGGGUAACCUCCACAAGGUGCUCAAGGAAUUGACGACUCUCGAGGCCCGGUCGUCGAGUGCGGUGUCCCUCAAGGCUAGGGAAGUCCUGAUCUACUGCCAGAUGCCCUCGUACGAGGAGCGUCGGGUUCAGAUGGAGGCCAUUCUUAAGGCAGCGGUCACCAACCAGUUCUACGGCCAACAGAAGGCCGAUCACAGGCAACCUUCGGCUGAGAUUCUGAGAGAACUGACUGAUUCUCAGUACACCGUUUACGAUGUCUUGCCGAGCUUCUUCGAGCAUGAGCAGCCUUGGGUCGAGCUUGCUGCCCUCGAGGUGUAUGUUCGUCGCGCGUACCGUGCUUACUCCCUGCUCUCCGUGGACUAUGAGGAAAGCGACCCUCUUGAAGAUGACGAGUUGCCUUCGGCUGUAACGUGGACGUUCAACCUGGGCAAAUCUCACUCGCCUCCUUCCACGCCUCGUAUCACUGAUGGCGCCCCUCGUCGCCAAGAGUCCGUUAGCGAUCUCACGUACAUGCUCAACAAGAACCAGUCUCAGCCUACGCGAACGGGUGCGAUGGCGUCCUUUGCUAACCUGCAAGCUCUUUCGAAGGGGUUCGAGAAGGUUGCCGCUUUCUUGCCUCCUUUCGACCCUGCGGAGUAUGCCCAACGUUACGGAAACAGCCAGCCGCCAAACGUCCUUAACCUGGCUCUACGGAUCUUUAAUCGGGAAGAUGACAUGUCCGACGAUGCAUUCGCGGAGAAGAUCCAUGAAUUGACGAACCAGAAGAAGGACGUGCUGACCCGCCGUGGUGUCCGCCGUGUCACCGUACUGGUGUGCCGCCAAGGGCAAUACCCCGUCUACUUUACUCUCCGAGACAUGGGUGGUGACUGGAAGGAAGAACAGGCCAUCCGUAAUAUCGAACCUGCUCUCGCCUUCCAGCUGGAGCUCAGCCGCAUGUCCAACUACAAUCUCACGCCGUGCUUCGUCGAGAGCAAGCAGCUUCACAUCUACCAUGCCGUGGCGAGGGAGAACCAGCUCGAUACCCGAUUCUUCGUCCGCGCACUUGUUCGUCCGGGUCGUCAUCGGGGUAACAUCACUACUGCGGAGUACCUCAUCUCCGAGACGGAUCGCCUUGUUACCGAUAUCUUGGACGCCUUGCAAAUCGUCAGUCCACAGUACCGCAAUCCAGAUGGUAACCAUAUCUUCAUGAACUUCGUCUACAACCUUCAAGUCACGUACGACGAUGUUCUGGAAGCCAUCGCUGGAUUCUUGGAACGUCACGGGAAGCGAUUGUGGCGUCUGCGAGUCACCAGUUCCGAGAUCCGUAUCACUCUCGAAGACAAGGACGGCCAUGUCACUCCCAUCCGCUGCGUCAUCGAGAACGCUUCCGGAUUCGUCGUCAAGUUCCAUGGGUACCAGGAGAUCACUACUGAUAAGGGGACGACCAUCCUCAAGUCCAUCGGCGACAAGGGACCAUUGCACUUGCAGCCAGUGCAUCAGCCCUACCCCAUGAAGGAGUCGCUCCAGCCUAAGCGUCACCAGGCUCACCUCGUUGGUACGACGUAUGUGUAUGAUUUCCCCGAGCUCUUUGGCAAGGCACUCCAUGACGUCUGGACCAAGGCUCGCAAGACGAACCCCGGACUCGUCAUUCCCAAGCAACUUCUGGAGUCCAGGGAGCUGGUCCUUGACGAGCACGACCAGUUGGUGGAAGUCGAUCGCGCCCCCGGAAACAAUACGUUCGGUAUGGUCGGUUGGGUAUACACGCUCCGUACGCCAGAAUAUCCUCAUGGCCGCAGAGCCGUUGUCAUUGCCAACGAUAUCACGUACAAGAUCGGAUCCUUCGGCCCUCAAGAAGAUCAAUUCUUCUACCUUGCCACCCAAUAUGCUCGAGAGCAAGGCCUCCCUAGGAUUUAUCUCUCGGCCAACUCUGGUGCGCGGAUUGGCCUUGCAGAGGAAGCAAUAGGCCUGUUCUCUGCUGCGUGGAACGACAAGGACCAUCCCGAGAAGGGCGUGGAGUACCUGUACUUGACGCAUGAGAACUACCUUGCCCUACAGGACAAAGCGCCUGGGGCAGUCCGCACUGAAGAGAUUGAAGUGGAUGGCGAGAAGCGACACAAGAUCACCGACAUCAUUGGUACUCAGGAUGGCUUAGGUGUAGAGUGUCUGAAGGGGUCUGGUCUCAUUGCUGGCGAGACGUCGCGCGCCUACGACGAUAUCUUCACGAUUACGUUGGUGACUGCUCGGUCAGUCGGUAUCGGUGCCUACCUUGUCCGCCUCGGAGAACGAGCAGUCCAGGUUGAGGGUCAACCGAUCAUUCUCACAGGUGCGCCGGCGCUCAACAAGGUCCUGGGUCGCGAAGUGUACACCUCCAACCUUCAACUCGGCGGUACCCAAAUCAUGUUCAAGAAUGGCGUCUCUCAUCUAACUGCGAACAGUGACCUGGAGGGUGUCACACACAUCCUACAGUGGUUGACGUACGUGCCUGAAGCCAAGGGCGUGCCUCUGCCUAUCCUGCCGUCUGCGGAUACCUGGGACCGUGAGAUUGGUUACACGAUUCCCAAGGGUCCUUACGAUCCCAGAUGGUUCAUUCAGGGCAAGGUAGAUGAAAGCACGGAGGAGUGGUUGAGCGGUUUCUUCGAUCGUGAUUCCUUCCAGGAGACGUUGAGUGGAUGGGCGCAGACUGUCGUUGUCGGCCGGGCACGUCUUGGCGGCAUUCCUACGGGUGUCAUUGCCGUCGAAACCCGCACCAUCGAGCGUGUCGUUCCGGCAGAUCCUGCCAACCCCGCGUCCUUCGAGCAGCGCAUUAUGGAAGCUGGCCAGGUCUGGUAUCCUAACUCUGCGUACAAGACUGCCCAGGCUAUCUUCGACUUCAACCGGGAAGGCCUUCCUCUCAUCAUCUUCGCCAACUGGCGUGGCUUCUCUGGGGGGCAGCAGGAUAUGUACGAUGAAAUCCUCAAGCAAGGAUCAAAGAUCGUCGACGGCUUGUCCAGCUACAAGCAGCCCGUCUUCGUGUACAUCGUGCCUAACGGCGAGCUGCGUGGCGGUGCCUGGGUAGUGCUCGAUCCGUCGAUCAAUGCCGAGGGCCAGAUGGAGAUGUAUGCGGACGUCGACGCGCGUGCGGGCGUACUGGAGCCUGAGGGUAUCAUCGAGAUCAAGUUCCGUAGGGAGCGGAUGCUGAACCUGAUGGAGCGGCUGGACUCGGAGUAUGCGGCGCUGAAGCAGGCAAGCAAGGAUGCCUCCAAGACACCGGACGAGCGGAUGGAAGCGACCCAAAAGUUGGCCGAGAGGGAGACGCUCUUGCAACAGACAUACAAGCAGAUUGCUCUGCUGUAUGCUGAUCUCCAUGAUCGAGUGGGUCGUAUGGAGGCGAAGGGUUGCGCGAAGCCUUGCACAUGGAAGGGCGCUCGGCGACACUUCUAUUGGGCUCUGCGUGCUCGUCUCGCUCGCCAAGCGGCGUUGAAGAAAUUAGCGGAAGCCAGUCCAGACUCGUCGCUGGAGUACCGGUCGCAGCUCCUGGCUAGCCUCGCGACCAUCGAGGAGCCCAACGACAACCGGGCUAUCGCUGAGAAGCUCGAGAAGCUCGACCUGGACCAGACGAUUGUGCAGCUCAAGGGUGACCACUUAAAGAAGCAGAUGCUGGCGAUGGUUCGGGAGGACCGGAAGGCGACGCUCACGGGCCUCGUGCGCCUCGUGGAUAACCUGAACGACGACGAGAAGGCGAGCCUGCUCGCUGCUAUCCAUGCCUCGAAUCGUUCACCAGGCCCUCCAUCGUACACGACGUCGACGUCGAGCUGAAUGCAUGGUGGGCAGGGAGAGCAGAUUCAAGGGGAACCGAGGGUGUGUCGUGAAGUAUCUUAUGUACCAGUAUAUUUGCUUUUGUAAUCUUGCAUCGCGGUUUUGCUGUCAUGGCUCUGAUUUACUAAUGUCUCCACUGCUGAAUAGAACAUAGAUACCAUAGGAUAGAUUAUCAAUGCAUUUCUUUCAUUCUGAGACGCGUUUGUGGCUGAUAGUGUGGCAGAUCAGGCGUGGAUCUGGUCUAAAUAUA